AUGGAGGAAAUGGACAGUGGAGGAGAAAGGAACAAUCCUACUAACAUCCGUCGUGGAAGAGGUGUGCUCUCUUACUGCCUGCAUAUAAAUGUGGUGGCCUUUGGCCUCAUUGAUUUUAAUCAGAAAUCUGGUGAGGACCAGAGCUUGGAGAAGCAGGAGGAGCCUAGAAGAAUCUCAAGCUUUAAUAAGAAAACAAAUGGCUGCCAGUUACUGAUGCAGGGCAGCCAUGGGGGAGCUCCAACGAAGAUCUGGAACAUUUCAGGAGACCUGUGUAACAGGACGGUAACCCCAGGUCACCACCAGGAUCAGAGCUGGUUCCAGAUGGAGUCUGAGAGAUGCUUCUGUUUUAUGAACUAUGAGACAAUAACAGCUUUGUUAGCUUUGAGCCACCAGAAACAAAAAGCCCGUUGGUGUGGAUCCUCCGCUGGUCGCAGAGUCCCAGUGGGAGGUCAACAGGAAGAGGAUGAGGACAUCACUGUCCCUGGAAUUACAUCUAACGGACACAUGAGGACAUUUCCAUUAGGUGACUUUGCCCAUCGAUUAAAAUCCAUCCUCACAAGCACACCCGAGUGUAGAUCCACACCCGAGGGUAGACCCACACCCGAGUCUAGAUCCACGCCUGAGUCUAGAUCCACACCCGAGUGUAGACCCACAUCUGAGUCUAGACCCACACCUGAGUCUAGAUCCACAUCUGAGUGUAGACCCACACCUGAGUCUAGAUCCACACCCGAGUGUAGACCCACAUCUGAGUCUAGACCCACAUCUGAGUGUAGACCCACACCUGAGUCUAGAUCCACAUCUGAGUGUAGACCCACACCUGAGUCUAGAUCCACACCCGAGUGUAGACCCACAUCUGAGUCUAGACCCACAUCUGAGUGUAGACCCACACCCGAGUCUAGAUCCACACCUGAGUCUAGACCCACAUCUGAGUGUAGACCCACACCUGAGUCUAGAUCCACACCUGAGUGUAGACCCACACCUGAGUCUAGAUCCACACCCGAGUGUAGACCCACAUCUGAGUCUAGACCCACACCCGAGUGUACACCCACACCCGAGUCUAGAUCCACACCUGAGUCUAGACCCACACUUGAGUGUAGACCCACACUUGAGUGUAGACCCACACCUGAGUUUAGAUCCACACCCGAGUGUAGGCUCACACCUGAGUCUAGACCCAAGCUUGUGUCUUGAUCUCAAUCGGGCCGCAGAGGCAGCAAGCUAAGCAGGGAGUGUCAUGACUCUCAUUUUUCAGCCUUCAUUCAGCUCAACUGGUCCCCUCACCAAGCUCCUGACAAGCCCAGUUUCCCUGGCAACCACCAUCAACUCCAUUCAUCUCACCUGUUCCUGUAAUCAGCUUCAUCCACUUCACCUGCUCCUGACUCCUCAGCUCAUCUCACACACCUGCUUCCCCUGCUAUAAAAGAUCCAUUCAGCUACCCAGUCUCUGCCAGAUUAUUGAAAACAUUUGCCAGUAAAUUCUCCAGCCAUCCACCCUGCCUGAUCUCUGCCUCCGGACCUCAUUUUUCUCCUGACCCCUGCCUUGAACUCUGCCUGCCAUCACGACCCUCGCCUGUCUUCUACCACGUCUCCAGCCGGCUCCCUGUACCUGAUUGUGCCGAUCUGGUUUUGACUCACGCCUGCCCUCCGACUCUGUCUCCUGCCUCGCCCUCCUCUGGUAAUUCCACAAAAAAUAAAAGAUUUUUUAUAUAUAUACUUUUACUGUGUUUGGCAUCAUUACGGGUCUUCUGAGUUCUAUUCGUGACAGGGAGGCCCAGACUUCCUUCUCCCCAGCCACUUGGACCAGCUCCUCCAGGGGAAUCCUAAGGUGUUCCCUGGUCAGCUGAAAGGCAAAGUUCCUCCAGCGUGUCCUGGGUCCUCCUUAGAAGACUCAAAAACUGUCAGUGUAUCUAAAGUCUUAGCAAUACCUUGUAACAUGUGAGUGCAUAAUCAACCAAUCAAACGUCCAGGGGGAUAAGCAGAAGGUGAGAGAACUGGAGAGGAAGUUCAGGAGACAGUCUGUGCUUGCAAAGCAACAACUACAGGAAAAAGGUUGAGAAGAAACAAACAUCUGGGAAUGUAAAGCAGGCAUGGCAAGGACUAAAUAGCAUGAUGGGCCGCGCCGCUAAACCAGCUGUGACACGCUGAACAAACCCUGGUCUGUUAGCAGAAGAACUAAACAUUUUCUUCUGCAAAUACAACCAAAAUAUUUCAACAGGAAACCAAAACUGGAACAGUCAGACCAGCAAUCAAAACCUCAGUGUUGAUGAAAAACUGGUGACUUCCCUUUUACAGCAAGUCAACCCGUACAAGGCCCCGGGCCCAAACAGGCUCAGGGGCAGGGUGUUACACAGCUGGUUGUCGUCAUCACCAGACUGCGUCAGCUUCUUUUGAACUUUAGUUUUGUUUCCAGUUUGUGGAAGGAAUCCCACAUCAUUCCAGUUCCUAAAAAGGCAAAUCCAAAAGACCCUAAUGACUUCAGAUUGGCGGCCCUUACAGCGGUGCUGUGGUAAUGCAUGGAGAGAGUUAAGAAUAAGAAUACCUUUAUUAGUCUCUCAGUGGGGAAAUUGCAAUAUUGCAAUGGUUCAGGUACAGCAGGAUAGCAGCAGUAGCACACAAUAUCACACAAGAGUACAUAAUAAGUUAAGAUAAUUAUUGCAUAUGAAUGUAUGUGAUCUCAUGUCACACUGUGUGGGAAGCUGGACCCUCUCCAAUUUGCCUGCAGGGAAAAAUGAGGUGCAGAGGAUGCAAGUCUGACUCUUAAAUACAGUCGCAACAACCACGGACUCUGCCUGACCGCACGCUAGGAUUUUUAUGGACUUUUCUUCUGCUUUUAACUCCGUAAAUCCCUCUGUUGGACUCAGAUUCACCCAGCCUUGAUUUUAUGGAUAAAGGACUUUUUAGAGGACAGACCACAACAGGUAAAUGGUUUUAUGUCACCAGGCUGGUUUUAAACACAGGACUCCCACAAGGCAGUGUUUUAUCCCCACUGCUUUUCUCCAUUUGCACUGAUGACAUCACCUGUAGCAGGGCGGGAUUUCAGCUUUUAAAACAUGCAGAGGACAUGGCCCUGGUGGUCCAGGUGGACAGUGUGGAGGCUCUGGCUCAGGACCAACUUGCAGAAGAUGACCUGACCACAAGUUUUAAGGAAAACUCACAGGAACUCAGCAUCAAAACCAAGGAGUUGUGUAGUGCAGGCAGAGACAGAGCCACUGCAUCUCAGCUCUUUAAACCGGUGAUCAUUCAGGGAGAGCAGGUUGAACAGGUGGAGAGUUUUAAAUGUUUGGGGACUCAGAUAGAUGAUCAUCUGUCCUUUCAACAACCCUCAGCUUCCAUUUACAAUAAAGCCCUCCAGCGCCUCCAUC